UUCCUGAUGCUCCUCAGAGUUUUGUUCGACCGAACACAGAACAUCUGAUGUUAAUCGGAAUCCCAGCUCAGAUCCGAUCACUGUAAUCACUUCUCAGCUCAGUGCUCGACCUCCAGCCUGUCACCACCCGCUGCACCUUCACGGAUGUCCCACUCCACACAGAGGAUAUGUACCAGGGAAUAAUGAGCACCAACCACGGACCCUCGUCCUACGAGGCCGGAUUUCUGCACAACUCCUCGGCUGCCACCUCCCCGGUCUAUGUGCCCACCACCCGGGUCGUCACCCCCAUGAUCCCGGCGCUGCCCUACCUCCAGACACCCGGGGCGUCACAGCAGAGCAGCCCGGUGUCCACGCACUCCGCCUGGGCACAGCCGGGUGCGGAGUCGGUGUCCUCCUACAACCACUCACCGGUGUCUCCGCGGUUCUCCUUCUCCACCAGUCCGCCACUGUCCUGCGCGGUCUCCACGGCCCGGGACACGGUGGCCUCCUCCUACAGCAGCCCCCUGAACAUCCCUACGAACGGCAGGGAGCACUACGGAGCCCGGGGCCUCAGCGGCUCCUACCACAGUCCCUACACCGCCUACAUGAGCCCCAACAUGGGCGGGACGUGGCCGACGUCUCCCUUCGACAGUCCGGUUCUCCACGGUCUGCAGGGCGGUGCUGCUGCAGGAUCUGCACGACAUCCAAACAUAGAUUUCUUCGAUGACUUCGCCGAGGGUCGAGAAUGUGUGAACUGUGGGGCCAUGUCGACACCCCUGUGGAGGAGGGACGGUACUGGACACUACCUGUGUAACGCCUGCGGUCUGUACCACAAGAUGAACGGCAUCAACAGACCUCUCAUCAAACCACAAAGACGACUGGUGCGUGACAGCACACGGCACCACACAGGCUUUUCCACACUAAAUAUAAAACAUUAUUCUGUAACUCACAUGUUCACUCUGUUGCAGUCUGCCUCCAGGAGGGUGGGCCUGUCCUGCACCAACUGUCACACCACCACCACCACACUGUGGCGACGGAACGCAGAGGGAGAGCCGGUCUGUAACGCCUGUGGUCUCUACAUGAAACUCCACGGGGUACCCCGACCCCUGGCUAUGAAAAAAGAAGGGAUCCAGACCCGCAAACGUAAACCCAAGAACCUCAACAAGCCACCGACAGAAUCCCCCGGCAGUGAGACCACUACAGUCACAACCAGCAGCACUCCUCGCACUGCUGCCCCCAGCAGCAGCAACAGUAGCAGCAGCAGCAGCAUCAGCAGCAGCAGCACAGAGGAGCCUCGACAGAUAAAGACAGAGCCCGAGGCUCACAGUUUGUUCAUGCACCACAGCGCACACACACAGAUCUCAGCCUUACCAGCCUACAUGUCAGCUCAAGGUGGCGCUAUCCCCCUUAAGAUGUCACCUGGCAGCCUCGGUGUAACUUCCAGCUCCAAAGCCGAACCCUGGAACAACCUCAUCUUGGCUUAAACAAUAUUCUACAACCAAGGGUCUCAGAUCAGUUCAUCCACAUCAAGUCAAACUCUUUUGACAGACUAGAGUCCUGGUGCACAGAUCUGGAUGCAGAUGAUGUCACACGGUCUGUGGAGCAGAGAUACAGAGCUGCACCGAAACCACCGCUGUCCAGGACUGAAGGGAGCGUCUGUUCACCCACACAAACAACAAACGUUUGUAAUGAAAACUACAAAACAGAUGUUGAUGUCAGAUGAACCCAUAUUUUCAAUAUGGGUGCUCCACUGAAACUGUUGUGAAAACUAGUGAGACUUAAAUGUUAUUUUAUUGAAAAUAUUCUCCCUUUUUUUAUUUGACUGAUCUAAAGACAACAAAACAUCAGAAACUAACAGGUGGUGAAUAUUUUGUUUUAAAGGUAGCACCGUUCAGUUGUUGAAUGGAGUCACUUUCCUUCAACAACAGCAGAGACUCUGAACAGAAGGAAACACAUGUGAUUUGUCAUUUAAAAAUCCACAUCCACUGUGUCGACACCAGCUGAAUGUCAUUUGUUGGUGUUUAUCCAAAGAUGCUAACACGUUGUUCAAUUUACAGGUGUUUAAAUGGGACUGAGCUAGUUCUCCCAGUUCAAAAUAAAUCUUGUUGUACUGUUAUAUUUCCGCACCGUCCAUGUGUUGCUGUGGAAUUUUACAAUAGCAGUUUGUUAUUAUAUAGAAUCUCAGUUGUAAUGGGGUUACAGCCAAAGUCUUAGCAGCAUUCUGUCACUCUGAGUAAACACUGAGGGUAAAAGAGGUUUAGGUUGUGUUUGUUUGUUGUUUGAUAAUUAAAUGUAAUCUAAUACAGACAGGUUAAGUGAAAAACCACAGUAGUUUGUUGAAACUAUUUCAUAACAAAAACUGCACCAUAUUUUCUCAGUGCAAUAGAAACUGCUCCCUGAAGUGAAAACCUGGAUCAGUUUCACGGUGUGACACCCAUGAGUUUCAAAUAUAAACAUUUUUUAAAAACUAUGACAUCAUAAACUACAGAAGAUGCACAUGACCGAUAUAAUGUGAAUAUUUACCUUACCACAGCGCCCUCCAUUGACACAAGCGCAAAAGUGCAUCCAAAAGAAAAGCCUCAUCCAAAUAGAUCCCGUUGCUAUUUAUUACUAUCAUCAUCGCCAACUCAAACCGUAUAAUAAUCUAUAAUAAAGAGAAUAUUUGGUAAAUAUUAAUAUUUAUGAGGGCAUACUGUACAGAUACUACACAGUACGUGUGCUACACCGAUAUAUACGUAUGUUUGUGACAAGCACGGAGGAGAGCACCGUGUAUAAAUGUGUAAAAAGACUCCACUCCAGUAUAAUUGUGUAAUACAGCGUUUGUUAAAUACUGUAAGAAAGACACGGUGACCUGUGAAGGCGUGUACCGUGUCUCAGUGUGUACUAACUCUAUCUGACACUCGUCCAACUGUAGCUCUGAUGGAGCCUAAUAAAGACAAAACAUUUGGAUGUAAAA